AUGGCAAUAUCUCACGUUGCGCCUGUGCUUCUUCUCCUCGCAUCAAUUUUCUUCUUACCUUUUUCACGCGGGAUUGAUUUCGAAUACUGCCAUGAAGGCGAAGACAAUAUCGUAAACGUCACUCGCAUGGAGAUUUAUCCGAACCCAGUUAGUAUUGGCGACAAGCCAACAAUAUGGAUAUUUGUUUCUGCACCAGAAUCUCGAGCUGAAGCCAUUGUUUAUUCUUCGAGAACUGUCGUUGAACUAGAUUUUCUUUAUGAAAUCGCCGUUGAAAAUCUCAAAUUAUGA